UGCUGCCUGAAGACUGUGGUACUUGUUGUACUCCUCCAACGCCAACUCGUACGAGCGACGAAGGUCGGAAUCGUCCCAAACUUCUUUGUUUGUAGGUUCCAUUAACAGGCAGUACGUCUAAGUGCUGAGUGUUUAUUGUAGCGUUGGUUGUUAAUGUUGGAAGUUGCGAAGUCGCGGCAACUACGACAACUCUGCGACAGUUUGUCUGCUUCCCUCUUCACCUCACUUGACAAUGUUUACUCAACUCCAAGAUACUGAUGAGCCCGGUGGAGAUCCCAGAAUGAGUCCUUCUAGUGAUCUUCGCACCCAGUUUUGGCUUGCGUUUGCCUUGGGUAGUACGGCUAUUACUUUCUUCUGUCUAUUACGCCGACGAUGGUCAGAAUUAUACGCAGCUCGGUCAACGUUGCUCGGUUUACAAUUACCAGAGCUCUCCACGUCGUUGUGGAAGUGGGUCGUGGAUUUAAUUCGCAUUCCUGAUGCAACGGUCCAGCAAUGUGCUGGUUUAGAUGGUUUCGUCUUCCUUCUUUUCUUUCGAAUGGCAAUGAAGUUCUUAUCCUUUGCAUCGCUUUUAGGCGUCACCGUUAUUAUUCCUGUAAACAAGUACUUUCGCGAUGAUGCAUUUGGUAAUAUCACCUUUGUGUCCACGAGUUCCACAGAAGGUGUAAAGGUGUCUGGAUUCUUUUCUAUUAUUGAUUUUUUCCGCCGAAAAUACGACGAAAUUUCCGAGUGGCCUGGUUUUGCCCAAAAAGGUGAUGGUUUUCUGUAUUUGUAUGUUGCAUUCACCUACAUUAUCUCGAUAUUUCUUUUAUACGUUCUCUUUGCUUCUACAAAACAAAUCGCCGACAUACGUCAAACGUACUUAGCUCGGCAGACACGUUUAACUGACCGUACCGUGUUAGUUUCUGGAUUACCGCCAGAGCUUCGCAGUGAAUUGGCUCUAAAACGUUAUUUGAACGACCUUAAAAUCGGUACGGUCGAACGAAUCUGCAUUUGCCGUAACUACACUUUAAUGGACAAAAUACUUUCCAAUCGUAAUCGGUACAUGCACUCUCUUGAGUACUAUUGGGCAAAAUACUUGCGGAACUGUGAAAGGCUUGGACUCCCCGUAGCAUCUUCUGCAUACGAUAUUUCGUCACCAGUAGCUAAUAACAGCUACAAUGAGAGUUCUUCACUUCUUGCUGCUGCCGAGUAUCGUCUUUGUCGUCCACUCAUCCGUUCGCAUUUCUUCAAAUGUUGUGGAAAAAAGAUUGACGCCAUUGACUACUACAGUGCCAAAUUAUACAAGUGUGAUAAGAGACUCGAUGCUGCCCAUCAUGUUGAUUUUACAGCGACAGGCCAGGCUUUUGUUACAUUCGAGUCUAUGGCUAGUGCUCAGAUCGCUGCACAGACGCACAUUGACAUGAAAAGCUUGAUGGGUCUGCACAUCAUUCUUGCUCCUUCACCUCAGGACGUGCAAUGGCAUAAUACGUAUAUGGGCCGUUGGCAUAGAUUUUUUCAGUCUUGGUUUGUUUCCGUUAUUACACUGUUGCUAAUUCUUCUUUGGACUGUACCAGUCGGUGCCAUUGCCGUUCUCAUAAACAUCGAUACAAUUCGUAAGCUAUGGCCGUCUCUUGCGCGUCUUCUGGAAGAUGUUCCGUUCAUGCGUACUUUGAUUCAAACCUUCCUGCCUACUCUUGUUUAUUCGUUGUUCAUCAAUUUUUCGCCUUUUCUGUUUCGGUGGUUGUCACGGAUGCAAGGUUUCAGUUCUCGCGGAGAAGAAGAGAUCUACACAGUGGGCAAAAAUUAUGCUUAUCUGUUUGUGAACUUCUUUCUCGUUUACAUUAUUGCUGGAACGUCUAACAUAUGGAGCUGGGCACAUGACGCUACUCAGUUCGCAAUAUUGCUUGCCAACCGUUUGCCUAAGCAGGCUCAGUUCUUCAUUGAUCUGAUUGUUCUGCAAGGAAUAGGUAUGCUGCCUUUCCGACUUGCACAAUUUGGAAACCUGUUCUCCUUUGCUGUGCGACGUUGGCGGGCACGUACUUUGCGUGACUACAAAUCUCUUCAACAGCCCGAUUCGUUUAGUUACGGCAUUUACCUCCCCCAGCCUUUAUUCAUAAUGCUGAUAUGUCUUUGCUACAGCAUUAUUUCACCGCUUAUUCUCGUUUUCGGGCUUAUUUAUUUCACCAUGGGAUUCAUCGUGUACAAAUACGAGCUAAUUUACGCCAUGGAGCAUCCUCAACAUUCUACGGGACAAUUGUGGAGUACGAUCUUCCAACGAAUGGUUAUGAGCUGUGCUAUAAUGCAAAUGACAAUGAUGGGACUUAUGAGUCUACGCCGUGCUUACUGGUUAAGUACAGUCAUUGCUCCAUUACUAAUAUUUACGUUGGCGUCUUCUUAUAAUUUCUUCAAAAUGAUUUCUCCUGCCAUGAACUUUGUGUCGCUGUAUUACAUCCAACGUGAACAAGCACAUCCAAUUGCGCGUACUCGCGAGAGUUCUUCCUCCGGUUCCGCUACUCCUUAUGUGCAUCCAGGUUUUGCCUCGGCACUUGAGCAACCACUAAUCGAUAGCGUCCCGUCCGCUAAUGAACUUGUCUAAUGUACUCUUUUUGGAUAUGCCCGAGUAUGCUCAAUCCGCUUUCUUAACGUCCUUUUCUCAGUACCGUCUCUUUACCAUCCUUUCUUACGUCCCGUUCUUGCAUAUACAAUUUUUCAUUAAUAGUGAAUUGUGCAUUCUGUCUUUUUAUUAUUGUAUAUACUAUUAAAACAAAUGACCAAUAUAGUACCAAAAAAAGGAAGAGCAUACUUAAUAAGUAGGGAACUUGG